AUGGAGCAGCAAGCGGGGCCACCAGAGCCGAGACCUACAGGACUCACCACACACCUGCAGCCCAAGGAGGGGAUGCUGUGGGGGCUCCUCGCCAUCCUCUCGCUGCUGGCCGGGCUGGCCACGGGCACCCUGCGAACCCCACACUGCAACGAGACGCUGGAUGCGGCCCCCACGCCGCGGGGCAUGGCCACUGCCAGCCCGGCUGUGGAGGACGGCGUGGAGGUACCGCUCACCGCUGCCUGGAGCCAGCUGUACGGGGACAAUGCAACGACGGGUGGCCCGGGUGCCGCGGAGCUGGCAGAGGACCUGUUGCUGCGUGCCGAGCGCUCACCGCCAGGCACCAGCAAAGCCAAGAAGGGGGCGCGGAAACCCCCACGGGGGGCCCGUGGGCGCAACUGCCACAUCCGCAACCUGAUGGUGAAGGUGCGCGACCUGGGCCUGGGCUUCAACUCGGACGAGAUUGUGCUCUUCAAGUACUGCAGCGGGUCCUGCCACCGGGCGCGCAGCAACUAUGACCUGACGCUGGGCAGCCUGCUGCGGCAGCAGCUCAUCUCCCCGGGGCCGCAGGAGCGGGUCCUCAGCCACCCCUGCUGCCGGCCCACCCGCUACGAGGCCGUCUCCUUCAUGGACGUGCAGAACACGUGGCAGACGGUGGAGAAGCUCUCGGCGGCCGAGUGCAGCUGCAUCGGCUGA